AUGCCUGAUUCUUCACAAAGGAGCCUUGAGUCGAUCCCAGAUAAUAGUAAUACUGCUGAUGGCACUCCCACCGGCGCUCCACGCAGACAGGAAACCCAAACCCCUACAAGCAGCUCUAGAGCAGUACCGGAAGGCUCUGGUGGUACCGGAGAGAAAGUAUGGAUUCCUCGGGUGUCUCAACGACCAGGUCCUGUGAACCGCUCCAGAACAAAGCACGCCUGUGAAGCCUGUCGGAAAAGGCGCAUCAAGUGCGAUGGAGCUCGACCCCUGUGUCAAGGCUGCGCCUCCGCUGGUACGGAGUGCGUAUAUGCAGACCCUAAGCGUGUGCGAGAUAGGCAGGAGAUGAGGUCUUUGAAAAGUACAAUUGACCAGUACGAACAUCUCCUGCGAGAUCUUCUCCACGAGGUUCCUGCAGGUGCCGCCAAACGUAUCAAGUCAAAAUUAACACCCACUGAAUCCUAUCCUUUGAAUCGCAAUCCGUCCAUCUCAAGCUCAUCCUCAUCCUCCGCUGGUUCCAUCGAGGGGACUGACACGAUAAGCGAGGACCUCAACCGAAAUGAAGAAUCCAGAGCCACCGGCUUCAUGGGCAAAAACUCCGUUCACGCCUGGUUACGCAACCUAGAGCCUGAUAGCGGACACCGAGUAUCGCCUGAUCGCAACAUGGAGGCCGCGGGCAGAACGCAAUUCGGCAAGCCUAUCUCUCCUCAGGGUCUCGACAACCACAUGUCUGUUAGCUAUUUCCUAGACGAUCGGAAACUGCCCCCCUCCAGCUCCGUCGAUGCAUACCAAUUUCCCCCGAAGAACCUGGUAGACUGGAUUUUGCAGUCCUACUUCAAGUCCGCGCACCCCUUGUUUCCCAUAGUACGUAUCGAUCUCUUUUUGGAACAAUACAAGAGUCUUUGGGGAGGCAGUGGAACUCCACGACCCGGUCAGAAAUGGCUCGCCAUUCUCAACAUGAUUCUGGCCAUCGGUUGCAGGCGACUCCAGUUCCUACAGGAGAAAAUGCCGCCUGGCGUCAGCCAUGAGAUUUUCUUCUCUCGUGCGCGAUCUCUCAGCGUGAACGAAAACAUGAUUGUCGAACACGCAGACCUACAACAAGUACAGGUCGAAGCACUCGUGACGUUAUAUCUAUUGGUAUCCAUGCAGAUCAAUCGGGCCUGGAAAGUCUCUGGUAUUGCAGUACGAUCAGCCAUGGCAUUGGCGGUCAAUCUGCGGAUUACAGAUACAGACCUACAGCCUGGAUCUAAAGAAGCCCGCUCUCGACUUUGGUGGUCUAUCUACAUGCUAGAAAACCUUUUGGCACGUAUGACAGGAAGACCUACGUGCAUUGGAAGCUCGUCGUUCUCCGUCGACCCGCCUGUACCUUACUCGGAGGACAUGUUUGCUCGCCCUCAGGUGAUGGAUCUAUUAACCAAUGAGACGCUCCGCAAAGAGCGCCUGAGAUGGUCCUUGGAUGAACAGGAGAGUGGAAAUGACGACUAUGAUCCUUUCUGGCUCAAGGACAUUGAAACUAAUCAUGGACUCCAAUUUUACUAUCUUGUUGAUCUAAUGCACAUAGUACACAUUGCGAUCGACGAACUUUUCUCCCCCAAGGGCUACCAAGCCAACAAGUCCUACAUCAGACGGCGCAUACGCUUCUAUGAUGAGAAGUUAGAGCACUGGCUAUCUCGCCUUGCUCCUGCAUGUCGCUUUGUCGACCAGAACGGUGAUUUGAAUUUGCAAACAUCAUCGCAAGAACAAACCAUUUUAGCGCUACAUUAUUACGGCGCCCGGAUUACCUUAUACCGGCCGUAUUCUCCUUUCAAACGAUACGCUGACUUGAAAGAGAAGGAGUACGCAUACAUCAGUCAACGAUGUCUGCAGGCGGCACUAUCACUGAUCGCGGUCUUUCCGGAUGACACUGAUCUUGAUUGGGUUUAUAACACAUCUCCCUGGUGGUGCAUGCUUCACUUUCUGAUGCAAGCAAGCACAAUUUUGGUUAUGUUCACCCACAGCAGUGAUCCCGCCGGCUCGGCUCACACAAAAGACGCUGAACACGGCUUCGCAUCCCCUGGAGUAGCCGCCCGGGUUCAAGCUGCCUGCCUAAAAGCUCACAGGUGGUUACACGGCUUGUCUCGAGUCGAUGAAUCGUGUCGCCGGGCAUUCUUACUUUAUGAUGAUCUCCUCCGGCGCCUUGGGUUUAUCAUGAGCUCAUCCGCCACCUCCUGGUCUGGAUCAGCUCAAAGCAAUCCUUUAUCUCGGAAUCAAAGCGGUGGGCCAAAUGCUCAACAAGAAUCCGACCAACCUACAUACAAUGUGCAACAGCACGGUGAGUAUCCCAGACAAAUGGCAUUUGAUCCUUUCCCGGAGGCAUACAGUCAUCUUGUGCAUGGUGCUAGCGACGUGCUAUCGCCCCUCGAUUGGAGGAAUAUUGACUUAUCUGUUGGCGUGCCCUUUGCCGAACCGAUAUGUACGGGCGAGGUCUCUGGUGAGUCUGAGGGGGUGGAUACGGCUUAUGAAGAUAAUGAUGUCCGUAUGAAUCUUUCUUGA